AUGGAUGAUACACACGACACAAGUUUCAUUGUUGAUGAAGUAUCGAAUAUCACGAAAGAAGCAAUCGAAGCAACGAUCGGCUCGCAAUCGUAUCAACAGGCGAAAAUUAAUACAUGGACAUCGAACAUUGUCGAAGCUAUCUUAAAUUCUUUGACAAAAUUAAACAAGCCUUUUAAAUACAUUGUCUCAUGUGUUAUUAUGCAAAAGAAUGGUGCAGGUUUACACACGGCAAGUUCGUGCUUUUGGGAUAACACAACGGAUGGGUCGUGUACUGUUCGUUGGGAGAACAAAACUAUGUAUGCGAUUGUAUCAGUUUUUGGCCUGUCGAUCUGA